GGAUCGUCUUCGAUGUCAACGUCACAAGUAGGCACAAAUAUAACAAAUAAUGAGUUUGCGCAUCCACCUAGGCUGACGUCCUCAACGGCGUACAAUAUCAUGAGACCGACUGUGUGGACGGACGAAGCGCACAUGCAUGGGGAGAUUGACGAGCGCGCACUGCGAAACGAGUUUGAGGCUACGCUAGAAGCCAGUAAGAAGCUCCUUCGUGAGCUCUCGCAUUUUCGUGACACGCAGAGGCGAAAGUCCAACGACAUAAGUUUGCAGAUGUAUGGCAAAGGAACAACAAAUGGGAGAAGCGUCGAAAUCUUGGGUGACCACCAUCUUCAUGAUGAGUUCGGAGACGGCGGACGUGCGGUGUCUCAUGGUCCUGAUUUAGCGUCCAGCAUUGCGAAUCUUCACACUGACAUCAGCAAUCCGCAUCCCGCCCACCACGGCGCGCUUAUCUUUGAAGGCAGUCAGCCAGAGUACAGCGAGCAUUUUGGUUUUGCUCGGAGGGAUAUCACAUUGAGCGACUUAGCCUCGAGCACUGUAGAUUUGGGACCGUUGGUACGACCACAAUCCUUGUCGUCCGCAAAUACUGACGUUCAAGAACAACAAAAUUUGCUAGGCGACGGUACGGGAGCCGGAACCACUACUAGUAAGAAGGAAAGAAGGAGCAAGAGGCUCGCGCCUUUACUCGACACGGACGGAGAUGACGACCUUACACUUACCCUGAAUAAAAGAGCACGAAGCGCAGUGCUUGAUGAAAGUGAUGUGGGUGCAGACGUACUAUCCUGGUCGCACAGGGUGUCGCAAAAACUGCCAGAACCUCUAAACGAAGCCGAUCAUUUGAUACGGAAACCCUUGAAAGUACAGUUGCAGGAACAGCUCAAACCAAUUGAUCUCCACGCCAUACGGAAGUCCCAUCCGGAGCUUCCACGCACUACCAUGGAGCAGAUACAGCGCGAACUAGACCGAAAAUUACAGGAUCAGAUAGCGCUUCUGGAGUUGGACCAGAUAAGGCCAGAUGCAGAUCUGAUAUUAGGAAAUUCUGCCAAUCUAGGCGGCAGCAAAAGUACUGUGGAAGGAGGUGGCGCAGCUGAGGGAAUCAACACGCCAGAUCUAUUUGACAGCUAUCAAGCAUCCUCUUCGACAGCAUCAGGGCGCGCGGAGGUCACAACUCACGCAGCAGCAGCCGAUGCGAAAGAAGACACGUCAAAGAAAAGUCGGAAAGUAGAACCUUUUGAAAAACACAAACACGAUAGCAGUAAAUCCAAAGAAUUGAAAGCAGAAUUGCGGAGUGUUCGAGCACGCUUGACCAAAGCCGAUGUCGAGUUGACCAAAGCACGUCAAAAGAUCGAAAGGGAGCAGGUUUUCGCGCGUGUUGACCGUGAGUAUCUUGCUUCCCGAGUGAAGCGGGAAUCCUCGCAGCAGUUGAGGACUAUGCAGAACGAGUUCGAGCUCAGCCUCGCGCAAGCCCGCGAGAACCACGCAGCGCAAACGCAGCGUUUGCUGUUAGCAACGACGGGAAUACACGUAGGAGGACCCAUCGUGCGUUCUGCAAUACAGGAUACUCGACGGACACAAUCUCAAAGUAGAGUAUCAUCUCCUUCUUCAAUGAUGAACUCAGCAGCGUUCUUCUCACCUUCACGACUUUCCACUACCGAACUUGUAACUUCUACCUCACCGUCACCUCCCCCCCAGCUACAUCAAGGCGACUUAGUGGGCAUUUCACCGUGGGCAAGCCCAGCAGAGUAUUUUGCAAAUCCGGGAAACGGAAUUUUGGAUCAUCUAGAAGUAGACCAACAAAGGGAAAGGGAUGACGAAGCGAUAGGACCUGUGCGGAGAAGCACUAAAGCAAUCACGUCAGAUACGAUAAAUCCUACGAGUUCUGUUGCUGCUAGAGCCUCCGCAAAUACAGCAGACCCGCAUCCGCAGCUAGGCGCGCUACCACAGCGCCGCACCUCGCAGAUGCGCUCCCUCCCAAACAGCAGAGCAGGAUCUCCCAAUACUAUGUAUUACAACAACCGCGGUCGCACCAGUGCUGUACAACAAGCGCAAAUACACGCGGACGAGCGACAUAUGACGGCAGUGCAGAUCGCAACACAUGCUACGAGGUCGUACCUCACUGAGCUAGAAAGUCAAUACGCAGUGAAAAGUGGCCUGAUGCAGCUGAGUCGGAGCCCGUCGCCGGUAGCGUACAAUGAGUUGUACGGGCGACGUUCGUCCCUGAACCACUCUUCUACUUCACCAUUGCAGCUUCAGACGAACAUAACUCAUGGCGGUGCAGUGUUGAACAACCUGGAAGCGGAAGUCGGGAUAAGAGAUUCUGUGUUUGUGGGAUUCAACGGGACGGGUGACAGUGAGCAACAUUACUUGAAUCAGCACAAAGCACACGUUUUGCCUAUGGCGUUACAGCUUGGGGAUGCUCUGAAGAGCCACUUGCGCUAUUUCGCAGAACGGAGUGCGCCGCAUGACGACGCGAGCACAGUUUUUGAUGAUGGAGACGCAGGAGCAAACAGUGCGCGCGAGCAGCUGGCUCAAGAUUUGAUAGCGCUACACUCGACUGGCGAGGGGUUACUUCCACGACACAUGCUGGCAUUGGAUCCACAAAAUGGUAGGUCGUCAUCGCCAGGAUAUCUUCACGGGGAGGCUCGCGGGGACGACAGUAGGAAGGCAAGCAAUGGGGCAAAGACCGACGAGGCUCCUAGAAAUCCGAAGAGUCAAAAAGUAGGUAGGCCUGGACAGGCAGAAGGAGAGGAAGCGGGCUCAUCGCCACCACCUAGCAUCCACAGAGGAAGCAUCGCUUUGCAGGCUCUCGACGUCGAUGACGAUGUGGCGGCGGUGCCCCGACAAAGUCAAAGGCCGUCGUCCUUCUUCGACCGUAAGAGGAACAGCAAGAACCCUGGAAUUAAGACAACAUCACCUUUUCUAUCCCAAAAAAACGCAGUAAAUAAGCAGCACACUUUUGCGUCUUCAUCCUCCACAUCGAGUUCCGGUCGUGUUGGAGGUCCGGUUCGCAGCUACGAGAGCAAGCGGAUGUUGAAGCAAAUCGAAAGGAAGUAUGAAAUGCUAGUUCAAUUACAUGCCACUAAGAACGCGCAGAAUUCGAAGGAUGUCCAAGUGAAGCUCGCGAGAGGGAUGGCGAAAGCCCUGGGCCAAUUUCAGGAACGAAUACAACGACUAAAAGCGGAAGACGUACUAAUCAGGAGCCAGAGCGAGGUACCUUUUGCAAGAGAACGCCGUAUUCCUGAUAGUCGCGCACAAGAAGAUAUACGGGAGCUUUUUGCACGUGGCAGUGCGAGUCCUAAAAGUAAGAAGCGUGACAUUAAAAAUGGGGCCAGUGCCAGUGGUGCUUCGAGAGGUCGUGGAGG